AUGUCUAUUGAUAUUCGAGGUAGUAAAAUAAAUUUAUUUAUUAUAAAUGAUGUUAAUAAUAAUGAUUGUAAAGAUGUAGAUAAGACAGAAUCUACAUUAUUUGUAGAUAAACAAGAGGCAGAUAAUAUAAAUAUUAAUGAAAAAAAAAAAGAAAUAAUAACGCACAAAAUAUAUUACCCUCAAGUUAAAAUAGUAAAAGUGAGUUGUGGGAAAUCUAUAAUUGCAUUUUUGUCACAAAUUGGUAAAAUUUAUUGUUGGCAUUUAGAUAAUAAAGAAGAUUGUGAUAAAAACGUUCCAUAUUUAUUAAUAGAUAAUAUUUUAAAAAAUAAAACAAUUCAUGAUGUUAGUAGUGGAUCAAAUCAUAUCGCUUUUGUUUCAAAAGAUGGCGAUUUAUUUACAUAUGGAAAUAAUUCACAUGGUCAGUUGGGUAAUAAUAUGAUUGAGGAUGAUCAUAAAAAUGGCGAAAAUGAUAAAAAUGAAAACAAUUGCAAGGCUCCAAGCAAUCAUAAAACAUAUAAAGUAUACAAAGUAAAUCUAGAAAGUAAUAUUAUAAAAAAUGUAUAUUGUUCUGAUAAAUAUACCCUAUAUUUAACAAUAGAUGGGCUUUUAUAUGGUUUUGGAUUGAUAAAUGAAAAUUUUCUUAAAUCAAAAUUAAAUCAAAAUAAAAUAAAUAAAACAUUAUUGCACCCUCAUCUUAUUGAUACAAAUAAUAUAGCUUUUAAAAAAAUAACAAUUGGAAAUAAUUUUAUAUUGGCUAUAAGUUUUAACAAUAAUGUUUAUUCUUGGGGAAAUAAUAUUAAUGGUUCUUUAGGACAUGGAAAUUUUUUAGAUUAUUAUGAACCUAAUAAAAUAGAAAAUUUAAAAAAUGUGAAUUUUAUAAAUGCGGGUAAAAUAAGUUUAUGUAAAACAAUAGAUGGUGAUAUAUAUAUAUGGGGUGGUACAUAUGGAAAUAAACCAAAUAUUAUAAAAAAUAAAUUUGAUAGUUUGCAUAUAAAUAACAAUUAUAUUAUCGGAUUAUGUUCAAAAAAAAAUAUGUGGAUAAAAAAUAUCAAUACAUCUUCUCAUGGGUAUUAUAUUAAUAAUUUAAAAAUUAAUUUGAUAAGUUCAUAUGACAAUUUAAUUAUUGGAGUAGACAACUUUUUACAAUCUGACAAUGUCGUAGAUGCAAAAAUGGGUUCAACUUCUGACAAAAAUUCUAACUCAUUACUAGAAACCAACUCUGAAUCUGUUUCAAACAAUGGAAAAGAUGCAAAAGAAGAUGCAAAAGAUGAUGUAAAAAAAGAUGUAAAAGAUGAUGUAAAAAAAGAUGUAAAAGAUGAUGUAAAAAAAGAUGUAAAAGAUGAUGUAAAAGAUGAUGCAAAAGAUGAUGUAAAAGAUGAUGCAAAAGAUGAUGCAAAAGAUGAUGCAAAAGAUGAUGCAAAAGAUGAUGCAAAAGAUGAUGCAAAAGAUGAUGUAAAAGAUGAUGUAAAAAAAGAUGUAAAAGAAGAUGUAAAAGAUGAUGUAAAAGAUGAUAUAAAAAAAGAUGUAAAAGAUGAUGUAAAAAAAGAUGUAAAAGAUGAUGUAAAAAAAGAUGUAAAAAAAGACCUGAAUCAUACACACCAAAAGGCUACUAAUUCAGAUAAGCCAAACAAUUUUAGAAAUAAUCUCAAUAAUAAUAAAGAUGAUGUUUGUGAUCUUAAAAAUUAUAAUGAAAAUGGUGAAGUUCACAAUUUUAAGGAUCAAAUAAAUGAAAACAAAAUAAAAAGUGAACCCACAUUAAAAUAUGGCGAGGAAACUAAUCAAAACGAUAUUGUACCAUCGAAUAAUGGCAAUAAUAAUAGUAACAAUAGCAAUAAUUUAAAUAUUUGUUUUAAUGAAAAAACUUAUGGACAAACACCAAAUUCGAUUCCUGAUAAUCCAAUAAUUGAUAAUUCUUUUUCUGUCAAAGCUUUCGAAAUUGAGGGCAAGAAUGAAAGCAAAACAAAUAAAAUAAACGGGUUGAAUAACAGUGAUUUAAUUAAUUUUUCUUUUUCUGAAUAUAAUGAAAUACAAACAAAAGAAAGCAUUCCAUUUAAUUUCAAUCCAAUUUGCAAAAUUCCAAAUGAUUCAAAUUAUAUUGAUAAUAUUAAUAACAAUGAUGACAGCAUUUUCGAAAUGGAUAGUAAUUAUAAUGAUAAAAAAGAAAUACAUAAUAUCAAACUUAAUAUGGAAAAUGAAAAUAUUGACAAUAUUAAAUAUAAUAGUAGAAAGUUUAUUAGUAAUGAUGAUGUUGAAAUAAAUAACGAUUGUGAUAUGAAUGAGGAAUUAAACAAAUAUUAUGAUGAAGAAGAUGAUUUUUUUUCAACUAAUUUUUAUGGACUUUCAGAAUCCGAUUAUUUAGAUGCAAAAAAUAUUAUUAUUAUUAAUAAUGAUGAAAAUAACCCUAAUUUAAAAUCAGCUUUAAAAAAAACACCAAGUACAACUGAUAUAAGAAAAACUGUAUCAUUUUCGAAAUAUACAUAUGAUUUAGAAAGAAAUAGCUAUGAACCAAUUAAUAUUAAUGUAGACUAUGAUGGAAAUAUUGACGAAUCUGAUUAUGAUAAAGAUAGUGAAUAUAGUGAUGAUUCAUGCCAAGAAAAUAGAAAUGAUCAAUUAAAUGAAUCAAAUAUUAUGGAUUUUGAAGCAAAUAAUAUUGACAACACGUGCCGAGAAUAUUUCAAUUUUCCAAAUGAUCAGGCUUAUCUUAAAGUGGAAAGUGACGAUCCCAAUGAAGUAGAUGUAUAUGAUAUCAAUAAAGAUAGUGAACACAAUUUUAAAAAUUAUUAUAAAGAACAAUUGGAAGGAUCUACAAUUUGUAAUACUGAUUCAAUUCUGAAUAAUGCAACAAAUAUGGAUACGAUUUUUUUAAAUGAAAAUAAUAAUAACAUUGUAGAUAUAAAGAAACAUGAUAAAAUAUACAAUUCAGAAAAAUCCUCGAAUAAUAUUCAUUUAAUUAAAAAUGAAAAUAUAAAAAUGGAAAUAAAUCAUAAGGAAUAUUGUCAAAAUGGUGAACUAGAUAUGAAUAAUACUGACUUAUAUGUAGAAGGUGGUAGUAUAGAAAAAUAUUAUGAAAGCACAAGCUCUGAAGAAAAAAACAAUUUAAAAAAUAUAGAAACAUUCGAAAAUACAAAAUUAUCAUCAGUAUAUAUUAGAGAUCAUAAAACCCAAAUGAACAAUUCACAACCCAACAUGGAUCUAAGUUAUAACGACAUACAUGAAAAUAAAACAAAUGAUAAAAAUUGCAUAAAUAAUAAUAUUACAAAUAUGGAUAUAUUAAAUAAAUACAAAAAUUAUAAUAUAAAUGUUUGUACUAAUCAAAAUACAGAAAAUGUUGAAUUAAAUACUAUUUGCACAAAUAAUGAAGAAGACGAUAUUUACAUAUUUAAUAUAAACAACUUUCUAUAUAACGGUAACAUAAAUUUUGAUAUGCUUAAAGAAUUUAUAAAAAAAAUUAGGAAAAAAGCAAAAUAUAAUAAAAAAAUUCUUAAUUAUGAAAAAAAAAGAAAAAAUGGAAAAUAUAGAUUACACAUUUUAUUAUUAAAUGAUAUAAUAUUUAAUAUUAAAAAAAAAUUAAAAAUUCGAUACAAUAUAAGUAAAAAAAAUAUUAAAAAAAUAUAUUUAACAAAAUCUAUGAAAAAUUAUUAUCAAAAUAUGAUUUUAAAAAAUCAAAAAAUUGAAAUUGAAAAUGAAAUAAAAAGUUUUCCUAUGUUAAGAACAAAUAAUAAAAAAAGAAUAGACACUAUUGAUAUGUCUAAUUAUAACAAACAUGAUGAUGUAAUAAAUUUAAAUACCCCCAUUUCGCAAAAUGAACAAUCAAAUCUCAUAAAAAAUCAACCAACAAAAAAGAAACACAGUACAAUUAUUAAUAAUAAUAUUUUUUGUAAAAUUGUAACAAAUAAUAAAAAUAAAACAAUUUCAGAGGUUGGCACAAAAAAUGGAAAAAAUACAAAUAAAAUAUUAACAAGUCAGAAUGUUUUGAAAAAUGAAAAAAAAAACCAUGUAUUAAUUAACACCAAAAAUAAAGCACCCUCUUCUGAGAAUAAUUUUAUUCAAAAAAAAAAAAUACAAAAUUUAAAGAGUGAGCAAUUAUUUGUAUCAGCUAUAGGACUUACCAAUUUUUGUAAUAAACAAGUAAAACCUGAAACAGUUAGUAUUAAUAAUGAUGACAUAAAUAAUAGAGGAUAUGUUAUGGAUAAUCAAAAAAUAAUUAACAUAAAAGGAGAAUAUUAUAAAGAAAAUGAUAAAGAUAUAGAUAUUUCUAAUAAUUUUUCUAUUUCUACUCAAAAUGGUAUGCCUAUGUUAGAGGCAACUAAUAAUACAAAUAAUUAUAACUGUAUGCAUCUAUCUACUUAUAAAAAUGGAAAUAAAAAAGAUUAUCAAAUUUCACAAUUGAGGAAAGCUACCCAUAUUAUUUAUAAUACUGAUAAUGGAAAUUUAAUUCCAAAAUCACAAAUAAAAAGCCUACAAAAUGAAAAAAAUUGCCUUUCGAAAAGUAGUAGCAGAUUUGGAAAAGUACCAUUUAAUAUUAAUUCUGAAAAAGAAAUAUUUAAUAAUCUAAGUGAAGUUGGAAAAAAUUUAAAUGAAAACAGUCCAGGAAAUAAUGUUAUGAAAAAUAUAGUCUGUGUAAAUGGUGAGCUUGAAGAUAAUUACACAACUAAUAUAAAUGGAAAAAUGUUAAAAAAAAAAAUAAUUAAAAAAGGAUCACCCGGGUUGUAUAAUAUGAAUAAUAUAAAUAUAAAAAAAACAGAAACAAGUGAUUCUAGUUUCAUAAAUAAAGAAACAUCUGAUUUAAAUCAUACAAUUCAAACCAAACCGUCUAUUGUUACUAAAAUGGAUAAUAAAAAAAUAAAUAAAAAAAAAAAAAAUGCCCAAGAAUUAAUUAUUUAUAAUAACCCAAUAGACAACGAAACCACAAAUGUUAAAAGUAAAAAUAUGAUAUCUACAAAAAAUGAAACAUCUCAAGAUAGUAUUGUUUUAUUAAGUAAAAAAAAAAAAGGAAUAAAUAGUAUACUUUUAAAUAAAAGCAAAAAGAUAAAGCCAUCAAAAAUGUGCAUAACAGAUACAGACAAUUGCAAUUAUAAUGAAGAAGAAAAACACAAUUCAAAAUCGGUUUCUUUAUUAUUAUUAAAAGGAAAUGAAAAUAAAACAAAGAAUGUUAAUGAAAACGUUGAAUAUUAUACAAAUAACGAUUGUAAAAAAAAAACAAAAAUUUUAAAAAAUUUUAAAAAAGAAAUAAAAUGUAUGAAAAAAUAUAUUUCAGAAGAAAAUAGUAGACAAAAUAAGAUACAAAACAUAGAAGUGUUUUUAGAUGAAAAUGAGAAAAAAAAAAAAAAAAAAAAAAAAAAAAGUAUGUUAAUAAACAAAAUUGAUAAUAAUAUAAAUGAUGAAGAAGAAUAUUAUAUUAAUUGUGACAAUUAUUAUAAAAAUAUAAAAAAUAAUUUAGAAACAAAUUUAAAUAAAAAAAAUAUAUAUAUAAAAUAUGCCAAGCGUAUGUUAAAAGAUAUAAAAUAUAUUAUGAUAGAAUAUAAUAAUAUAAAAAAUGAAAAAGAAGAAAUGUAUAAACAAAACAAUUAUCUCCGAUUUUUAUUAGAAAGUACUGUUGUAAAAACCAAUGAAAUUAUUAGAAUAAAUAAAAAUUCAAUUCAAACAUAUAUAGAAAAAAUACAAAAUGAAAAUAAAAUUUUGAAAAAUGAACUUGAUGAAGAAUCACAUCAACAUCAUUAUGAUUUGCAACAAUUAGUAAAUAAAAUAUUAAGCAUUGAAAAAGUUAAAGAAAAUGUAAUAAAACAAAACGGAGAAUAUAAUAAUAAAUUAUCUUUAUUAUCAAAACAAUGUGAACAAUAUAAACUAAAGGAAAAAAAACUGCUACGGAAUUUAGAUAAGUAUAAAAGAAAAAAAAAAAAAAAAAAAAUUAAUGAUUUAAAAAAUUCUAUAAAAAUAUUCGAAAAUAAUUAUAAUGAAUUAAAAGAAAAUUACAAUUCUAUAAAAAAUUAUAAUCAUGAAUUAUUAACAAAAAACGAUCAGCUAAAAGAUGAAACUGUAAAUUUAAAAACACAACUUAAAGAAAAGGAUAUUAUAAUUGCUCAAUAUACUGAACAAAUCAAUACCUCCAACAUAAAUAAUAUUAUAUAUUCCAAACAUCAAAAAAAAAAUACAUCUAUCUUAGAUAUUAUAAAACAUAAUGGUGGUGAUAUGUUGAAUUCUUCAAAAGAGUUGUCUAUAAAUGAUGAUUUAGAAGUUGCUUCAAAGACAUGUACAAACAUCGAAUUUGAAAAAAGAGAACCUCUAGAUAUGUUUAACAUAUCCUAUAAAGAUAACAAAAUAAAACCUGAGGAAGCUAAUAAAAAAAUAGAAUUUUUAGUAAAUCCAUUCUUAGACAAUUUAAUUAAAACAACUUUAAAAAAUGUUGAUCCUAACAAAGAUAAAGAAAUGGACAAAUUACAGGAAAAACUAAUUGAUGUUUUAAAUGAGUUUGUAAAAAAUAAUAAAAUGGAAACAAGUUAUAAUAUUAAUAAAGAUGAAAAUGACAAAUUGGUAUUUUUAGACAAUUUAGAUAGUUGUACUGAAGAAUAUAAAAAGGGCAUAAAAAAUGACGAUUACAAAAGUGAUAAUGCAGAAAAAGUUAUAUCAUCACUUGAAAGCAUAAAAGGAAACGAUUCGAGUCUAAACAAAAGUAUUAGCAAAUCAAAUAACCACGUACAUGAUAAAAAAAAAGAAAAACAAAAAAAAAAUAAAACUCUUAAUUCAAAAAUAGAUAAAGUUGAACAAGAAAUACAAAAAGAUAAGAAAAAGAAACAAGAUAAUGAUAAAACUCAAUUUUUUAGCACAGUAACUGAAGUAGUAUAUAAUCCAAAAAAAGAUGCUAUCCACAAUAAUUCAGAAAAUAUAUCUGAUAAAGAAAGUGUAGAAGUUUCUGAGUUAAGUGAUGAAAAUAAUUGUAAUUUAAAUGAAAAGAUGGAUGGAAAAAAAAAAGAAGAUUUAUGUGAGAUGAUAGAAAAUUUGUUAAAUAAAAAAAGAGAAAAAAAAAAAAAAAAAAUAGUAACUGAAAACUCCGAAAUGGCAAUUCGAAACUUAAAAAAAACAAAUGACAAAAUGGAGAGUUUAAAAAUUCAAUCCAUUGAAACAGUAAAUGCAAACAUUUCAGAAUUGAGUGAUGAUAAUAAUAACAUUAUUGAAAAUUCUAAUUUACAUAGUGAAAAAAAAAAAAAUAUUAGAAAUAAAACAAAUAACUUGAAAAAAGAAACACGAUUAAAAGGAAUUGAAGAUAAUACAAAAUUUCCAAUAACAAAUAGUGAUUUAUCAAAUAAAAAUAAAAUACUUUCAAAUGAAAUUAAUAACGAUAGUAUAAAUAAAGACAUAAAUUUUUUAACCUAUUUAAAUAAAAACCAAAAUGACACAAAUAAAAAUUUAAAAAAAACAAACAAAUUAAUAAAUAAAAUAAUUGAUAAUGUUUUUGACAAAUCAAUGGACGAUAAAUCAGUAAACAAAAGUAUGUUAAAUAUUCAAAAUAUGAUUGAAAAUAAUAUUAAAAAUGUUUUUUCAUCUUAA